AUGCGACACCUACCACUGGCCGCAGCACUGACCGCGCUACUGCUGCAAUCAAUCCCAGCCGUCGUCGCUGCUGACGAGCCUCAAAAAGACGACCCCGCAACAUGCUCAAAUGUCACCAUCUCCAGUGCAGGUGACGCUCGCCACAUCGCGAGGUCAUGCACCACCAUCUUCGGCGAUCUGCACCUGUCGCCGGACCUCAACGAAACCAUUACCCUGAAUGGCAUCGAAAAGGUCACCGGCAGCGUCCUCUACAAGGGUCGCUGCCAAUUUGACGGAUACACAGAUCUGCCGACCCGGAGCUCAGCCGAUCAAUGCGGGAACAUACCCGAGCCAUUCUCGCUCCGGAGCACGUCGCUGCGUGCAGUUGAAGGCAACUUUACCAUCAACACGUGGCUCGGUCUAAGCAACAUCGAAAUGCCACGCCUGCAGCGAGUCAUGGGAGAGUUCAACCUGCGGAGCCUCAUGAACCUGACCCAGCUCGACGUCACCCGCCUGGCGCGCGUCGGUGACUUCAACCUCGAGGCCCCCCUGCUGCGGGACUUCAAGCACGACGGCCUGGAGGGCUUCACCAAGGCGACGGCGAACCUCACCGUGCGGUCCGCGGACCUCGAGUCGCUAGACAGCCUGUUGAGGCCGCGCACCAAGCCAGUCGACAAGUGGCCCGAGACCGACGACUGGCCGCUCUUCCGCACACCGCAAUCGGUCGCACUCUACACCGAGGACAUGUCCAGGCUGGCCAGCAUGACCAUCGCGUGGCCAAAGCUCACAACGCUAUCCAUUAACCCGAAUUUCGUCAACGAGACGGUGCUCAGGGACGGGGUGGCCCCGCGCCUCACCCUCGGCUCGUCGGAGGGGAAUUCGACAACCAUGUCGAUCCAGGAUUUGGUUAUCCAGGGCGUUCAGUCGUUUGAGCUGCACUCCUCGUUGACGGGGGGAUUGGUGGAUGGGCGCAAGUUUCAGCUGGCGUGGACAAACAUCCAGGGCAACUUCAAGGUUCCAUUCAGCAACUUGACCAUCCUGGACGUGUUUGGCAACGACAAGAUGGAGUCAGUCGAGCUGCCCUCGUCCGAGGGUAUGGUGCGCUAUCUCGACGAGCUGCAGCUGUCCGGCAAGGGGUUGUUGGUAGACAGUCUCGUCUGGCCCAAGGAUAAUAUGUCGGCGGUGAAGCUGACGGGAAAGAUACAAAGGGCUGCAUUCGACCCAUUCCUGCAAGACAGGAAUCCGGACGACGUCAACUCGACGACCAGACCUCUGGUGAAGGACUUUGCCGUCACGGGACACGCCGGGUCCAAUUUCAGCUGUGAGCCGUUCGACAGGCUGAAGGAGCAGAAAGUCAUUACGGGCGAGUACAGUUGCUCAAUUCAAAGCGCCGCCGCGCGGUCGGUGUCGGUGACCUUCUCGACGGCGGCGGCGCUUGCGACAGUCAUGUUUCUGCUGCUGAGCUGA